AUGUCUUCAUCAUAUAUACAAAGGCUUGAGCUGGAAAAGCUAAUGAGUAGAGAUUCUUUAAACCAUUUACCAAAUACAGACAAUAAGCAUCGCAAUGAAUCACGAUAUUCCGAUCCUAGAGUUCUAAAUAAUUCCAGAAUAUGUAAAAGCUACUUGGUUGGGAGUUGCCCAUAUGAAAUGCUUCGUGGUACGAAGGAAAAUUUGGGUAGAUGCCCCAGGAUUCACAACAAAAAGUAUAAGAUUAUAUACCAGGCUGCUAAAGAAAGAGGGGAAAGAAUGCCACGUCAUGAUUUCGAGCUUGAUUACUUGCGUGACCUAGAAAGCUUUCUUGAUCAGUGUAAUCGGAAAGCUGCCCAGGCAGAAAAGAGAUUGCAAUCGACUGAAGAGGAAAAAGAGAGCGUGGCAAACAUCACCACACAGAUUGAUGAAUAUGACACAAGGAUAGCUGUCAUAACACAGGAGAUUGAAACACUCACAGAUAAAGGCGAACUAGAGAAGGCAAUUGAUCUUGCGAUUAAACUUAAAUCAUAUAUUUUCCAAAGAGACAAGUUUGCGACGCUUUACUCAACCACACUUGAAAGCAUGAACCAAAGUGCGGCGCAGAAACUUCAGAUAUGUAAAGUGUGUGGAUCCUUUCUUUCUGUUUUGGAUAACGAUAAAAGAUUAGCAUACCACUUCACAGGAAAGCUUCAUCUUGCAUAUGCGGAUAUGCGGGCCACUGUUGAUGAGUUAAAGCAAAAAUUGAGGGUGAAAGAUUGA